CCAGCCCCCUUCCCCCUUUGGGGAGCACUCAGGAAGGUAAUGGUAUCUGGAUCCCUCAGGCCAUAGGACAGGAAAGGGCCCUGGCUGCCUGCUGGCCUUCCUAGUGUCCCGAGCCCCAUGUCCUGCCCCCCUGCCAACCUCCCCACAGGUGCAGAGAUGAAUGCGGCACGGAGAUCAGCCAUGCUGGCCACAGAGGGGCCAGCACCCCAGCCGCAGGGGACUCGCAACACCACCCAGGUGCCCACACGAGAAAACUUCUCCAAAAUGAAGGACAAGUUCAUGAACAAGAUCAGCAAGCUGCCCAUCCCACCCUGGGCUCUGGCCACAAUCUUGAUCGUCGCUGGACUCCUGCUGCUGUGCUGCUGUGUCUGCCUCUGCAAGAAGUGUCUGGGCCGGAAGAGGAAGGGCAAGAAAGGCAAGGACAAGGUGAAGGCCCAGAUCAACAUGAAGGAGGUCAAGGACCUGGGCAAGAGCUACAUCGACAAGGUGCAGCCUGACAUAGAGGACCUGGACCCAGCACUGGUGCAGGAGCCGAAGGAGGAGAAGCCACAGGAGAAGCUGGGCAAGCUGCAGUACUCGCUGGACUACAACUUCCAGAACGGGCAGCUGGUGGUAGGCAUUCUGCAGGCAGCUGACCUGCCAGCCCUGGACCUGGGGGGCACGUCCGACCCUUACGUCAAGGUCUUUCUGCUGCCUGAGAAGAAGAAGAAGCAUGAGACCAAGGUGCAUCGCAAGACCCUGAACCCCAUCUUCCACGAAACCUUCACCUUCAAGAUCCCGUACGCAGAGCUGGGUGGGCGCACACUGGUUAUGGCUGUGUACGACUUCGACCGCUUCUCCAAGCACGAUGCCAUCGGGGAGGUGCGCGUGCCCAUGAGCUCUGUGGACCUUGCCCACAUCAUUGAAGAGUGGCGUGACCUGCAGUCCCCCGAGAAGGAGGAGCACGAGAAGCUGGGCGACAUCUGCUUCUCCCUGCGCUAUGUGCCCACGGCCGGGAAGCUCACCGUCAUCGUGCUGGAAGCCAAGAACCUCAAGAAGAUGGACAUGGGGGGGCUUUCUGACCCCUAUGUGAAAAUUCACCUGAUGCAGGCCGGGAAGCGGCUGAAGAAGAAAAAGACGACCAUCAAGAAGAACACUCUGAACCCCUACUACAAUGAGUCCUUCAGCUUUGAGGUGCCCUUCGAGCAGAUCCAGAAGGUCCAGGUUGUCCUUACUGUCCUGGAUUAUGACAAGCUGGGGAAGAAUGAAGCCAUCGGGAAGGUCUGUGUGGGUUGCAACGCUACAGGCACAGAGCUGCGCCACUGGUCUGACAUGCUGGCCAACCCACGGCGGCCCAUUGCUCAGUGGCACACCCUCCAGACAGAAGAGGAGGUGGAUGCUGCCCUGGGCAUCAAGACCUCCUGAUGCCCCUGCCCACCGCCUGGGCUAGCGUACCGUCUCCUGUCCUGAGCACGUGGGAGCGUGUGGGUGAGGUGCCCCUGGACAGUGCGUGUGUGGCAGAACCCCUGUCAGCCUGUUUCCUCUUACAGAGCCAUUCCUGUCGAAACACCUCUGAGAAACCCCUCUGUUUUUUAUCCACUGUGUGAAAAGAGAGAGAGAGAGAUUUGUGUUGGGUCUGGAAGCUGAUGGGAGGCUUACUAUAGGUCUACUACAGGUUUACUUCAGGUUUACUAUGGGCUGAGUAUAGAUUCGCUAUGGAUUUGGCAUUGGUUUAUGAUGGGCCUCCUAUGGGGUUCAUAUGGGUUUACAGUGUAGGGUCAUUCUGGGCUUACCCCUGGUUUAUAAUACCACUGCAGUAGGUUUACACAUUUGGACACAGUGUUCCCUUGGCAUGUGUGAACACUGGGCCGUGUGUGCGAAUGUACUUUCAGCCUGUCUACUACAGCUUUACUUUAUGGGGAACUUUAUGCAGUCAACAACAAAUUACUCAGCCAAGUUUGAGCCCCAGGCCUCAGGAGUAAACCUGUUGUAAAUCUGCGUCCAGCAGGGUUACAGCAUGAUUUUUAACCCCUUCUUGCAUUUCACAUCUGGGCCUCCAUCAUAGAGCGUUUAUGGCUGCGUUCACUAUAGGUUUACAAUAGGUUUAUGUGUGUGAGCGAUAACAUACUGCCACAUUUGCAAAUUAAGCUUCAUGUGUAAUUCUGUUGUAGAUCUCUUGCCUAUAUUUUUUCCAACAGAUUGACAGUAUCCUUACUUUCUUGUUCCCAUAUCUUCACACACUUGGAUAGUCUGAGUGGGUUCCGCAUUUUAAUAUAUGUAAUCCUAUUAUAAACCAAUUCAUAAUAGCUUUACUAUUCAUCUACUUCAGGUUUACUUCUGGUCUGUGUACAGGUUGUUUACUCCUGGUUUCACACCAAAACAUAAUAGACUUACUGCAGGUUGAAGACAGAUGAUGUACUGUACACCUACCACACGCAUGUGAGUGAUUGUUCUAUAUUCUCGCUGUAAGCUUGUGACAGGCUUACUCUAGGAUUACAACAGGCUUGUUAGGGAUUUAUAAGCAUGUUUACUAUAAGCUUACAAGUUUACUCUGGGUUUCCUAUAGGCUUCAACAAUUUUGUUAUGGUUUUAUGAAUAUAAUUACUAUGGGGAUGUUACGGGUUUACAAUGGGCUUAUAUAGGCUUGCCAUUGGGUUUAUUAUAGCCUUACAACAACUUUAAUAUACAUUUAUUAGAGGUUUCCUAAAGGCUUACAUGGGAUUUGCUAUGAUUUUACAAACCACUUUUACUAUCAGCUUGUAACUGGUUUACAGGGGGGUUCCUAUGGAUUUACUACAGGUUUGCCAUGGGUUUGCUAUACGGCUUACCACAGUUUCUUGAUAGGCUUACAACAGGUUUACUCUAAGCUUACAACCAUUUUACAAUAGGUUUUACAAUAGCCUUGCAAUAGCUUGACUAUAGGUUUAUAAUAGCUUUACCAUAGACAUACAAUGGGUUUUCUCUGGGUUUACAACAGAUUUCAUAAGCCUGCUCAUUAUAGACUUGCAACAGGUUACUGCCAGGUUUACUCUGGAUUUACAACAGGUUUACUCUAGGUUUACAUAUCAGGUCCAGCUUUCAAAUGGGGACACCUCACCCUGCCUUUUGCCUGCUGAUGUAUUAUAGGAAGACAUUUGACAGCUGGCCCGUACGCAUUUACAUAUCUUCUAACACAAGCCCAGGAAGGUUGGCCCACACACAAGGAUGCAGUCUCCCAGGCAAGCAUCUUUCCUGGAGGUACCUUGAAACAGGCAUCUCUGGUUAGUGCAUCAGCACUAGGUAGCUCCAAAUUUUGCCUCCCAAGAGCUGGGGCCAUUACUGCCCAGCUCAGAUGGAUUCUCCUCCACUGAUGCUUGUUGUAUAAUAUUGUGCAAUGGGCUCAGGUUUUGCCAAACACUGCCACUUGGUUUCAUAGCCUGGUUCUACCAGGUAUCAGGCUGUAUUAAUAGAGACUUUCUUUCACUAGCUAAUCCAUCUCCAAGGAAGUGGAGACAGUAUUAUUACAACCCGUAUUUUACCAUAGGUGGGAACUGAAGCACAGAGAGAGGAAGGGAAGCAUGUCAGGGAGAACCCAGGAGUCCCUGCUCUAACCUGCUAGACUUCAAUCCUUUCUCAGGGCUGGGUUAGAGUCCAGGUGUCCUGGCUCCUAGCCAUCAUGCUGCAAUCACCAGACCCCAUAAUGUUCCCUGAAUUGGGACUACAACCUAGGAAUUUAGUGGUUAGUGUUGGGGUAGCAGGAAGCAUGAGUCAGGAAGGAGCCACCUGCUCAAUUAACAUCCUUUUGGCUACAGCCCUAAGUAAUGUCUUCACAGUUGAAAUUUUCCUCUGAACCCAAAUUUCAGCAGUAGUUCACAGUACAGAACAAAGCAGCUAUUGAAAAAGAUGGCUGGUACCUAGGAUGGCUGCCACCAGAUUUGUGAGGAAGCACUAUACCCAGCUGUAUCUCCAUCUGAUGGGCGCUCAUUAGGCUGUUGAACCCUCUCUCUGUCCCCUCUUCUUACAUCUUAAAUAUUAACCACAAGCAAUGCAAAGGAUUGCUUGAAGAUUGCCUCUCAAGAUGGCUUGGGCAAGGUGUUAGUAGACGCUGUUCAGUAAUCACUAUUACUGACUUCCAUUUUGUUGUAAACCACUCCUAAACCUCUCCACCUCUUUAUCCCUCAGUCAUAGCUUUUAGCAAGGUCUGAAGAUCAUGGCCAAAUUGGAAGGCCAUAGGUAAUUACUGUAAUUUAGCAACAGGCAGUGGAGGUCCAGACCAAGAUGGUGACUGUUCAAGAUGGCCACCACCACACUUUGAGGAGAGGCUGUCUCACAGCCUCUUCCACUAACCUUUUCUUAGAGGAUUAAGCCCCUCUCUCUAACCCACAAUUUAACAACUGUGGGCAUGUGUAGAUCCCGAGACCAAGCUGGCUACUACUGAAGAUGGCCACUGCCGAGGUGUCAGGGGACAUACUGUAUCAUAAUGGCUGAAGGGAUUGUGUACAGGCCUAUGACUUUGUAACCUAUGAUGUGUGUAGUUUCCUUCCCCACCUUCGAGGAGUUCUUCCCCAACCUUAGCAGUGCCAUCCUUUACAAAAAAAGUGCCCCUUUUAAACAGGUUUUAAUAUCAAUGUCUUUGAACCGAGCGGUACUGUCAUUUAUGA